GGCUUGCACAGCUUCAGAACGAAAGGACCACGCCGAUCUUUUGUCUGAGUUUCCACCCACCGCAACAUGUGUCGAUACCAAUAGCCACUACGAUACAAUGGAAAUCCUUAUUACUCUUAUGUACUGCAGAUAUCACCGCGAAGAUGCCAGUGACGCCUUUAACGAAUGGAAAGUACAAAGGAAGAAAGCUGCUCCAAAUUCACCACCGAUGACUUCAUCGGGAAGCGCGACACCGCCCACUAGUUCUUCAGAAUCGCUUCCUCAUCUAAGCAGCAUGAAUUUACUAAGCACAGUUCCUGAUAGUCCAGGACAUGGCGACCCUUCCUUGGACUCGCUUACAGAACAAAUCAAGGGCUUGAACAUUAAGAAUGCUGCCCAAAACACCAACGUCGAGGCAGACCGCCCUUGUUCAGAUGAAGAUGAAGCACAAAUGGAAAAGCUAAACAGAAUCGGGGUUGCUCAUCUCCCGGAAAAGGGGAAGGAGCACAUCAAUUCUAAAAUAUACGACGCGGUACGAAAACCUCUCGAUGCUAAGGUAAUGUCUGGCGGUAUUCUUUACGUCCUUGAGCAUACCGAGGUAUCUGGUAUAUUCAAGAUCGGAUAUUCGAGUUCUUCUGCCGCGUUGAGACUUAAACAAUCCAAGAAUUGCUAUAAAUAUGGGACGAGGACUAUUCAUGAAACUGAGGGUGGAGCAUUCAUUGGUGUUCGCCAAGCCGAAAAGAUUGCUCAUGCAAUACUACGGCACAAAAGAAUUUUGUUUUUCCAAUGUCCCCAAUGCAAACGAUAUCAUAAAGAAUGGUUUCUAGUAUCCAGACAAGAGGCAAUCGAAGUCGUCAAGUUGGCGGAACGAUGGCUCAAGAUGCCAGCUUACACUCUACACCAACAAGAGGGGCAGUACAAACUAACACCCGAGGGAGACACUAUAUCCCGGCUAAUGUUUCCCUUCUCAACAUCUAAAAUGGACGUCCUGAUGAAUAAAGUCGGCAAAUCAGCUAAUGAUUCCGGUACAUUCUCCGCUGCUAAACCGGCAGCCUCUAUUCGACAACCAAGCGCAUUUGAUGUCUCUUCUGGCGCCACUAAGAAUGAAAUUCCGAGGGUUAUCGUCAAUGACAGUCAUGCUUCAAAACCAUCUGAGAGCAAUCACCCCCAGAAAGAACCUCCAUUGGCAGAUGUCAGUAAUAAAGGGGUGACAUGUCAGGUCGAAUACGAAGAAAUAUCUGAAGAACGAGAAAGCCGAUCCAGAGAGACGACACCUGAAGGACAUUAUUUAUUGGUCAAGAAGAAGAUAAUACGAAAGAAAGUAUCCAUAAGUAAGAUGGGGCAUAAUAAUGGACCCAACUCUUCUCAGAUUGAUGUUACAAUCAAGAAUCAAGCGGGGGAAGCAGUCGUUGAGGUUCGGGAGGUUCAUACUGCAUAAAUCAGAAUGCUACGAUGAUAACCACCCCCUGGGAGCGAAUCGGUGAUUUAGCCUUUUAUUGUUUGUAUGCACUGCUACUUACUCUUAUUGAUACAAAGAAUCGGC